GUGGCAUCCACUCUACUGGCCCUGCUGGUAGCGCACUGUCAACAAGUAUCUGAAGCUGCGAUCCGCGUCCUAAAGCUGUCUCCGCUUUCGUUGACCAAUGGCGUUGGCGUGGAAGGAAACCCUGACCUUGCAAAAUGUCGCACCCCCUCCCAGACUGCAACCAGUCACCUACACCUGUCUUCAUGUAGGGGCCUCACUCGCAUCCUGCCACAUCUGACGCUAAACAUUAUUUGUGACAUCAUCAGCCGUGUGUUACCGGCUCUGCUCGGUGUUUCCUCUGGCCCCGAACCAGGGCCGGUGAGAGAUGAAGCACUAUCAUCGCUUUCCGCGCUUUUGAAGUAUCUGGACGAGAUCAAUUGGCGCUGCUGUACUGAGUCCUACGAUAUAGCCUCCACCAGCCUUUGCCCUGAAAGAAGGUCCAUUUAUCGAACCUGGAAGGAGUCCCGCCCCCACUUUUUACUCAGUCACUCUUCCUCCCCGAAACUUCUCCAUCAGCGCGGAGUGAGGGCCAUUUCCGAAAUAAAAGAGCCUGUGGUGAUCCACUCUCUUGUCUACGACUUGGGACUACUGCACUGUGCUGAGGGUCACACUACCGCCUCUCUCCAAAGCCUCCUUUCGGAACUGGCUCCCUUGACUGAACGAAAAGAGCUAGACGCCAGCCAUAUUUACGAUCGAUUGCCACUCUCAAUCGCCGCACGGGAGACCUUGGCAAGCUGCAACGUUGGCUUUGUCUGGGUAAGGGUUUGA